AUGGCAGCAGUUGGUAAACCUCAUGUGGUGUGUGUCCCAUAUCCAUUGCAAGGACACAUAAUUCCUAUGCUCAGAUUGGCAAAGCUUCUUCACUAUAAGGGUUUUCAUGUAACUUUUGUGAAUACCGAAUUUAAUCACGACCGUAUUCUUGAAUCAAGAGGCCAUAGUGCCUUAGAUGGCUUGCCUGACUUCAAUUUUGCCACAAUACCUCUUCAAACCCCUCCUUCAAAUUCCCACACUAGUUUGGCUGUGAACUGCCUUGCUCUUCUUGAGACAUGUAGAAAGAACUUUUUGCCUUUAUUUCGUGAACUUUUUACUAAGCUUAAUGACACUUCUUCUUCUUCUUCCUCAAAUCCUCCUAUAUCAUGCAUCCUUUCUGAUGCUUUUUUGAGUUAUAGCUUAGAACUCUCCCAAGAACUUCACAUUCCUAAUGUAUUGGUUUGGAAUAUGGGAGCUUCAGCAGUUUUGAGCUUUAAGCACGUUCAUGAACAAAUCAAGAAAUGUCUUGCUUUCCUCAUAGAUCCAAGUAAUGAAGCAGCUACAAAUAUGGAUUUGGACAGUGUAAUGGAAUGGAUUCCAGGAACGAAAGAAGCUCAGUUAAGAGACCUUUCCAAGUUUAUUAAAACUAAAGAUCAAGUUGAUUCUAGUGGAGUACACUUGGAAAGAGCCUCUAAAGCAUCAGCUGUCAUAUUCCAUACUUUUGAUGCCUUGGAUAGUGAAGUCCUAAAUAGUCUAUCACCCAUGUUUCAAGGGGUCUAUAGCAUUGGUCCUUUACAACUGCUUUUGAGUCAAAUCUCUGAUGAUUGUUAUGAUUCUAUUGAGUGCAAUCUAUGGAAUGAAGAUUUUGAAUGUAUUAAAUGGUUGGAUUCUAAGGAACCUAACUCUGUGAUUUACGUAAAUUUUGGAAGCACUACAGUCAUGACAAUGGAGCAACUCGUUGAGCUUGCUUGGGGACUUGCUAAUACUAAUCAUAACUUCCUGUGGAUAACAAGGCCAGACUUGAUCAUAGGAGACUCUGCAGUUCUACCACCGGAAUUUCUGCUUGCAAUUGAGGAGAGAGGUUUUAUAGUAAGUUGGUGCCCUCAAGUGCAAGUUCUAAACCACCCAUCAACGGGAGGAUUCAUUACUCAUUGUGGAUGGAACUCAAUAGAGGAAAGCAUAUCUGCAGGGAUACCUAUGAUUUGUUGGCCAUUUUUUGGAGAGCAUUUUGUCAACUGCCGAAAGAGUUGCAAUGAAUGGGGUAUUGGAGUGGAAUUGAGUAGUAAUUUCCAAAGAGAUGAAGUAGAGAAACUUGUUGAAGAGUUGUUGAAUGGACAAAAGGGUAAGAUGAUGAAGGAAAAGGCUAUGGAAUGGAAGAAAUUAUCAGAAGAAGCCACAAGUCCCAAUGGAUCAUCUUUCUUGAGCUUGAAUAAUUUGGUGAAUGAAGUCCUACUAUCAAAAAACAAUAAUAAUUUUUCUUGA